UAAAAACUGAGUAGUCCUCUCUUCUCUUAGAAAAGAGAAAGCGAGAGAGAGAGAGAGAGGCUGCUGUUUGUUCAUGAGUUUUCUUGUUCCAAGUAUUCCCAAAACACAGAGAGAGAGAGCAAAUAAAAAGAACAUUCGGCCUACCAGUCUCGUCUUCCCAUCGCAAAACCCUAAUUUCGCUUCUACAAACCCUAAUUGCAUCGUCAUCCUCUACUCCAAUCGCUCCCCGUCUUGUCUCUCGAAUUCGUUAUUUUUUUUUUCUUCUUCCAAAUUUGUCGUAGGUUUCUCUUCUCCCUCCUUGCCAUUGUUUCGUUUCGAGCGAUUUCAUCCAAAUAAUCUCGGUCUGGUGUUCGCACCCAUCGUGCUGUGUUGGGAUUAGGGUGAUUAACAUCGGGAGUGAUAGUCAUCAUAUACAGAGAUAAUUGCCCUAGUUGUUAGGGUGCCAUCACUGUGCUAGUCUCUUAUUGACAGUGAGUGAUGAUGAUCUUCUAGCAAUCUGAGAGAGAGAGGGUUUGGAACGAAUCAAUUGUUCGUUGUGGUGUUAGGUGAUUAGAGAUAGGAAGAGGAAUUGCAAAAUUGGUUGAUGGAGAAACGUGAACCCUCUUUGGUACCUGAAUGGCUGAGAAGUACAGGGAAUGGUUCUAGUGUUGGGAGUAAAAAUCACAUUCUUUCAUCGUCUGCUCGCUCAGAUUCUUCUUUGUUACUUAAUAAUAGCAAGAGUAGGACCAAAACCACCGAUGUUGAUUCACUUGGGUCUCCUUUUCUUGAUCGGUCUUGUUCCACCAAUUCCCGGAGGGGGUCUACAAAAAAUGCAUAUAGUAACUUCAAUGUUCAAAGGAGCAAUAGAGAUAAAGAUCGGAGCAGGGAGAGCUACGUAGACCACCCAUGGGACCAUGAUACUUGUUUCCCUUUCGGCACCUUUUUAAAUGAAGUUCAGUUAAGGCGAUCUAAUUCAAUGUCAGCAAGGAAACAGGACGACCCAGGGUUUUCUAUGGGUUUCAAAGAUGGUAGAAGCCUUUACAACAGAAAUGGUAUGCUUCCUCCUCCAAAGAGCUCUGAGAGGACUCAAGACGUUCUAAGAAUCUCGUCUCCUUGUCUAAGUCCUGCUGUUGGUGGUAACUCAGGCUUCACUCCUGGGGAACCUUGGACAUCCGCUCUGGCAGAGGUUCCCAUUGUUAUUGACAAGAGUGCUUCCGACCCCGUUGCUGCUAAUGUUGCUACCUUAACGGGACAGACUCGUAACAUGGCUGAAGCAUUGUUGCAGCCUCCUAGAACUGGUACACCUCCCCAGGAAUCUUCAAAGAUACAGAGACUUGAAGACCGAGCUCUUAAGCUAAUACCGGUUCUGCCUUCUACACCAAAGGGCUCAGUUCUGAGCUCUUCUGAUAAAUCCAAGACCAAACCAAUGGCUCGAAGUGGUGAAACUGGUCUUGCUUCGUUUAGAAACACCCACCUGCAAUCCUCUUUUCGGCUAGGUAAUCUUCCUUCUAAUUCUGGUAGUCAGAUCAAGCCUGAUACUACUAAGAAGAUGGUGGUUCUCAAACCUGCCGUCAAAGAAUCUCCAAGUCCACGUCCUACAAACAACAGCCUGGCUGCUGCUGCUAGCCAGAUGAUCGCUGCUCCAUCUGCACUAUCCACUACUUCUGCGCAAAGUACAAACAAUCCAAGGGAGCUCAAGGGAUCCUCGGUAAACAUGCCACCAGAAAAGAAGCUUUCCCUGGCUCAAACUCAGAGCAGGAAUGCAUUUUUCAGUGCUUUGAAGAACAAGACAUCUACAAACAUCUCAACAAGCUCUUGCACCAUCUCUAAGGAGCUUGUAGCUAGUGACCCUUCAAGUGUAGAAAGAGAUGACAUGGUCAUGGAAAGGGUCGAGAAAGUUUCUGAAACUGCGGAGAGGGUUAACGUUUUUGAGUCGACAGACCUUCCAGAUGAAAAAGAGGCGGAGUUCCUUAAAUCCCUUGGGUGGGACGAAAACAAUACUGAGGUAGAAGCCCUCACAGACGAGGAGAUCAGAGCCUUCUAUGAACAGCACAAGGAGGUGAAGCCAUCACUGAUGCAAACGCUGCCUAUCAUUAAAGAGGCAACUGAGGACGCAACUCCCAACUCGUGAUCCGAUUUUGAAGAUAGUUUUCUCAUUUCUCUUUCCUUUUUCUUUUUAGUUUUAUUACUUGGUGGAGUGGACAAGAAGGUGGGGGAGGCUUCAGCUGCACUUUUGAGUGUUGUUCUACUUCAGAUAAGCUACAAAAUGAGUUUUUGUACAUCUGUUGGUCUGAAGAUAGAAAGAGCUUUUGUUUUGCUAUAGCUUCCUUAGGUUUCUAAUGUUUGAUAUGAUGAGGGGAAGGUCAUAAAACU